AUGUUUAAAAACCGUAAUGUUAGGAAAAAUUCCAACCACAACUAGUUGAUUGACUUCAUUCUUCUUUUGUGUCUUAAACUUCCUCGUCUUCUACACUUUGGCAGCUUCCUGUUGACAUUGAAGACAAGUUUUCAAGCUGAGUUUUGGGUAGUUCUACUUUUCUAAUCUCCAUGUUUUCAAUUUUGGUUUCAUCUCAUAUCUGCUCAUUGAUUGUUGAACUGUGCUGAUAUUUUCCUUUGCUGGUGCUUCUUGGUUACUGCAGAUUUUAGAUAUUGUAGCUAACAUGGAGUCACAAUGUGCAAUCAAGAAGGAUGUCACUGAAUUAAUUGGGAAUACCCCAAUGGUAUAUCUGAAGAACAUAGUUGAAGGGUGCGUGGCCCGUAUCGCUGUUAAGCUCGAAUACAUGCAAGCCUGUGGUAGUGUCAAAGAUAGGAUAGCAUUGAGCAUGAUUGAAGAUGCUGAGAAUAAAGGCCUCAUUACGCGUGGGAAGACUAUUCUUGUUGAGCCUACAAGUGGUAACACCGGCAUAGGGUUGGCAUUCAUAGCAGCAUUGAGGGGCUAUAAAGUUAUUGUGGUUAUGCCAUCUUAUGUGAGUCUUGAGAGAAAAAUUAUACUGAGAGCCUUUGGAGCUGAGGUAUAUCUCACAGACCCUGCCAAAGGAGUUGACGGCGUUUUUCAGAAGGCAGAAGAGAUAGUAGCUGAGACGCCCGGUAGUUAUAUGCUCCAGCAAUUUGAAAAUCCUGCGAACCCCAAGAUUCAUUAUGAGACCACUGGCCCUGAGAUAUGGAGAGAUUCUGGAGGGAAAAUCGAUGUUUUCGUGGCAGGGAUAGGAACUGGAGGAACAAUAACAGGUGCUGGGACUUUCCUCAAGGAGAGAAACCCAGAGAUCAAGGUAUAUGGUGUAGAACCUGCUGAAAGUGCAGUUUUGAAUGGAGGAAAGCCAGGCAAGCACCUAAUCCAAGGGAUUGGUGCUGGUGUCAUUCCCCCAAUUUUGGAUGUUAAUCUCAUAGAUGAAGUUAUUCAGGUUUCAAGUGAAGAAGCUAUAGAAACUGCUAAGAUGCUAGCCUUGAAAGAAGGUUUACUGAUGGGAAUUUCAUCAGGAGCUGCAGCAGCAGCAGCAAUAAAAUUGGGGAAGAGACCAGAAAAUGCAGGAAAGCUAAUUGUUGCAAUUUUUCCCAGUUUUGGAGAGCGUUACUUAUCUUCCCCACUGUUUGAAUCCAUUAGGCAUGAAGCUGAACAAAUGACAUUUGAAUAAGGUGCAUACAUGAACAGCUGAAAUAAGUACUCAUCAAGUACUCGUGAAGCAAGCUCUUCUAUCAUAAGCACGGUCUCCAAUAAGUUGAAUCACGUUUGGAUUUACACUUUGUAUAGGGACUUCACAAAGUGUUGGUGCUGAAAUGGAAUAUUCAUAAAUCAUAAAUAUUAACUUAGUUGAUUUUUGCAUUUGCAACUGCUUGUAUAUGAAUUUCCAGUAUUGUUUAGGGCUCAUCCAAAUGGAAAAAACUCUUAACUCGUCCAAAA